AUUCAGAGUACAAACAAUUUCAAAAUGUCGAGCAGAUUCCUAGCACAAAGUGUCCGCCGAAGUGGCUUCGCAUCAAGCCAUCGCGUAUUUCCAUCCACCUCGACGCGACUCGCUCAUACCAGACCCGCUCAAGGCCGUGAACAGUACUCGGAGGAUCCGGGUGUGGUGGCAGGCCGUGGCAACAAAGACCAGCUGAAGUCCGACACGACAUCCGACGUCGAGACAGCUGGCGUCGAGAACCCGCACCAAGAUGUCGGCCAGCAGCAAGCAGAAGCUCAGCGCACAGGAUCCUCGACCAAGCUCGAUAGCGACAGCGGUGGAAAUGCGAAAGGUGAUGAGCUGAAGAGGCCAGAAGGAACGCAGGAAGGACAAGAGAAGAAAGGCCCUCAUCUGCCAAUCUGAAGUAGAGAAGAAAAUUGCAGCGCGCAAGCAGUAGUAGU